UGUACUUGCGCGAAUAGACUUCAUUCCACUUAAAUCAUUUGAAAAUGGCGUGCAUCAACAAGUGCCCAUAUUGCAACAUGGCCAUUAAAGUCAAUUUUAAAAAGGCCAAUAUUCGGCCGAUACAUCCGGGCUAUCUGGCUGCUCCGGCCCAGCAACCGGGUCAUUAUCCGGGAUACUCAGGCCCACCGGCCCAGCAACAGGUCUACCCAGCCCAGCAACAGGUCUACCCAGCCCAGCAACAGGUCUACCCAGCCCAGCAACAAGGCUACCCGGCCCAGCAACAGGGCUUCCCGGCCCAGCAACAGGGCUUCCCGGCCCAACAACCCGGCUAUCCGGCCCAGCAACCUGGCUAUCAGGCCCAGCAACCCAGCUAUCCGGCCCAACAACCCGGCUAUCCGGCCCAGCAACCCAGCUAUCCGGCCCAGCAACCCGGCUAUCCGGCCCAGCAACAGGGCUACUCAGCAGCCCAGCCGGCAGCCCCACCACCAGCACCCUGUAACAGCACCU